AUGGGACUCUUAACUUUCGGGUCCAUGACCUGGAUCGCUCUAGCCAACCUAAAGCCAGAAGCAGGAUACAGUCGAGAUGAAAUCACAAUGAUCACUGUUCCUGCAGGUGUAGGUGUAGUGGGUGCCAUUGUUUAUUAUUUCCUUUGGAACAUUGCUCUUUAUCUUGUAGGAGCCUUUAGUGGGUUCUUAUUUGCUGUAUUUAUCUUGACCUGGAAGAGUAAUUUCUUAAUUGAAAAUCUUAUUGGAAGAUACUGCUUUAUAGGCGGUAUGGCACUUGUUUGUGCUGCCUUGAUAUGGGCUGCUUUAAGACCUGCUUUGUUCUUUGCUACUUCUUUUGUAGGUGCUUAUAUUCUCAUGUUUGGUAUCGAUUGCUUGGCACGUACAGGCUUCAUUGCUGGUCCACAAGCUUUGUUGAAUAGAAACCCACGUCACAUGAUAGAAUACACCCUUCCCACUUAUGUCUAUGUCUUAUUGGCCAUGGUGAUUGUUGUGUUCUUGAUUUCCUUGAUAUGGCAAUUUGUUUUUAAUGCAGCUUAUGAACUUGCUCUCCAUGUCACUGCCGCUGUAAAGGGCAAAGAAGCUCAUGAAGAUUUCCAUCAACAUAGAGAAGCUGUCAUUGAUGAUGGUGGAUCAAUUGCUCCUCCAGGUUCACACCACGCUGCUCCUUCUAUUUAUCCUUCCCAUCAUGCUGCUCCCUCCAUUCAUCCAUCUCAUCACCCUGACCCUUCUAUUCACCCAUCUCAUCAUGGAUAA